UUUUACUCUUUGGUCAAAGCGGGUAACGUAUCGCGGUGGGAGUGAGAGUGAAGAGUAUUGUGUUUGUUUACGUCGUUAUUUGUGGAUAUUUGGUUGUUUGAUGUGACGGUUAAUUAAUACCUAAUUGAUUUUAAAUUUAGACUAAAUUUUUAGUUUUAAUCACAGAACAAUUAUUUUAUCAAAUAUGCCUGCGGUUUUAGAUAGUAUAGAGGUUGACAAUUUCAAAUCCUACAAGGGACAGUAUACUAUAGGACCUUUGAAAACAUUUACUGCCGUAAUAGGCCCUAAUGGAUCAGGGAAAAGUAACUUUAUGGAUGCCAUCAGUUUUGUUAUGGGUGAGAAGACUUCUUCCUUAAGAGUGAAACGAUUGAGUGAUCUUAUUCAUGGAGCCUCUAUCAAUAAACCAGUGGCUAGAACGGCUGCAGUGACAGCUGUGUUCAGGAUGGAAGAUGGUUCUAUGAAGCGUUUCACUCGCACUGUUGAAGGCACAUCUUCAGGAUACAGGAUCAACAGAGAGGUUGUCACUACCCAGAAGUAUAUGGAAGACCUAGAAUCUAUUGGUAUUAAUGUCAAGGCCAAGAACUUUUUGGUUUUUCAAGGAGCAGUGGAAUCGAUUGCCAUGAAAAAUCCUAAAGAAAGAACUGUUUUAUCAGGAGCUGUGAAAGCAGAGUAUGAUCGGCUCAAGACUGAGAUGUUGAAAGCAGAGGAGGAGACUAACUACACAUAUUUAAAAAAAAGAGGAGUGGUUGCAGAACGGAAGGAAGCAAAAUUAGAGAAAGAUGAAGCUGAAAAAUACCAGAGAUUAAAAGAGGAGUUGAUUGUUCACAAUGGAGUCAUUGCUGAGGAGCCUCUUGCGAUGUGUGAAGCAUUCAAGGACUUCUUCUCGGUUUUCAUGAAGCCCAUGGAGGUCUUUGUUCCAAGCAGAUAUGACCAUCUCGGCGAUGGAGUUGCUUAUGAGUUCACCCCUGAAGAAGUAUUGGAGAAGCUUAGAAACCUUGACAAGAAAAAAGGGCUGGGACCCUGA